AUGAAGGCCGCACUCGCCACCAUUGCUGUCCUCGUCCUGGCUCUCAGCUGGACCUCCGAGGCCGUGCAGGUUGAAGAGAAUGGACUGGCUUUCUCGCUGGAGGCCGUCAAGAGGCUCCAGGAGCUGACGGAGAGCGGCGGUGCGAGGGGCCAACAAAGCCCGCGACUCAGGGCGAGCACCGUGUCCCUCUGUGCCGACCCCAUGCUCCCACAGGAGUUCCUGCCCCUCUGCAAGCAGAGAGGGGCGUCUGCAUCCCUCGCCAGACUAGCUGCGGUUCCCAUGGACGUCUGUGAGAUCUGCGCCUUCGCUGCCUGCACUGGCUGCUAA